AUGGUCCAAAACAACCUCACACGCGAAACUUUGGUUGAUCGUGCCGACGAUCUGUCUUUCCCUAAAAGUGUUGUUGACUACAUGCAGGGUAACAUAGGCCAACCUCCAUACGGGUUCCCAGAACCUCUACGAACAAAGGUGAAAGGAAGAGCUGGUGAAAGCUUGCCUCCUAUGGAUUUCGAGAAAGUGAAGAAAGAGUUGGAAGCCAGACACGAAAGGCCUUUGAGAGAACAAGACGUUAUGUCUUACGCCAUGUUCCCCUCGGUCUUUGAAGAAUUCGAACAGUUCCGAGCCGCCUAUGGGCCUGUUGACAAAUUACCUACUAGAAUCUUUUUCACAGGACUGGAUAUUGCCGAAGAAGUUGACGUUGAAAUCGAAAAAGGAAAAACGCUUGCUAUUCAACUUCUGGCCGAAGGUAAACUGAACGUAAAGGGUGAACGUGAAGUAUUUUUCUAUCUGAACGGUCAAAUGAGAAGUAUAUUCGUUCAAGAUAAGGAAGCUUCAAAG